CUUCCACCCACUCCAUAUUUACACUGGACGACUUUUGUCCAACGUCCACAGCCCAACACAUCAUGGGACGACUUAGCCACUUAUUUCGACUACUCUUUGUUGUAUCUGCCUCCUGAUUAUUCACUAUACUCUCGCUUUUACUCGCUCGCAGGCGACGACACCGGUUGUCACCACUCAUCCCAGCCCCAUCCUUCUAGCCGCCACGCUCACACGACUCGCUUUAAAAACCUUUCCAGGCAACAAACAUCCGACCAAAGGCCUCGUUCGACCCAUCGCACAUGCUCGACUGUCCCGGCUCCAACCUUCCACUCGUUUUGGUCACACGUUGUUUGCUCUCGCGGCACUGAGCCUGAUUCGCGCUCCUCAGAUAUCUUCCCUGCAUGCGCCUCUCCAGCCUUUUCCUCGAAGUCCUCCACUUCAGCCUUCAACAUGUUGGUUCAAGAGUUGGUUCUAGAUAAUGAAACCAGAGAGUCCCAGGGGCUGUAUGAGCAGCAUUUCUCUUCCAUGUCCAAAUACUCGAGAUCCGAUGUUCGCUUUCCUAUGCCAGUCGCUGCCACUCGGAGACGAGUUCCAUCCAUCACCGCGGUCAAGACCCUAGCAGAUCAACACCAUGAUGCCGGUCAAUCCAUAGGUUCCCUGGAUACCAGAGCUCCUGACCUGUCUUUGCAGGACAUAGAACAACCGGACCCAUAUAUUGACCAGCAGCAUCCAUUCUCAAGCUUACAAUCAGAAACAGAAGAUGAAAGGAGGCGGCCUCGACUAUCACUGGACGACCUCCCACUCGAGGUGCAGGGGAGAAUCCUAGAUCACAUCUUUGGAGACAUGCAUUCUAUUUAUGCCGGUUCGACGUCUUUGCGAGGCAAGAGUGUAUCAUCACUCAUGCGCCAUCCUCGCCGAAAAGCUGUUUCAGAUCUGGCAUUGGUGUCGCACGCCUGGCGGGGACUGGUGCAAGAACGAAUAUAUCGACAUAUCAAGAUCAAAGGCACCCGGGCUGGUCUCGCCGAGUCAGAGGCAUAUUUCGUCAAUCAUAUGCAUCUGAUCAGCUACGUUCGACAUAUCGAAUUUUGGGUUCCUGUCUGGGGUGAUAAGGCCGCUCUUGAUCACCGCACUCUUGAACCCUUCAUACCAGCCAACGAUCGAAGAAUCACCAGUUACUUCGCACAGCAAGCCAACGAGUCCUUGAUACCCGCCAAUGAUCUCCUCGGUUUUUCGUUCAAACUAUCUGCCUACACUGCCACUUUGUCCGAGAUCUUUUCCCACAUCGCCUGCUUCUUUCCCCAUGCGCGAGUCUUCACUCUUGAAGGUGGUCAUUGCAAGAAAUCCAACAUGAUCCGGCACUUUCCCAAAACGUUAUUUCCCAGACCAGACCAAGCUCUAGAGAAACUUCCGAACAUCCGCACCUUUGCCAUGCGCGGCGCUUGGAACGUAAUGCGUGAAUACAGUCAUUGGCAAACCAUCGAGCAAGCACUUCCCAAUGUCCAAGAGUGGCAUUGUGGAUAUGCCAAACCUCGUCCAGAAGCCGAUAUGACGAUCAACAACAUUCUAUCCAAGUUACCCAAUAGAUUCCGCCACGUCAAUAUCUCUCUUGAUGGAAUGUAUUCCAAAGAUCCCACCACACUCGGAUCGAGUUUCUCCCCGGGUCAAUCACAUCUCUGCGAACGAAUAGGCCGAGUGCUUCCUCGUCUCGAAUCAUUAUCAUACACUGGCAAGAUCUGUGAAUGCAUGUGGUCAUCUGCCCUGUCAGCACUGCGGUACUCAAAACAAGAACCUCGACUCAAAGCACUGGAAAUUGUGGUCAAAUCCUGCUGUCGACAGCGAGUUACGGACUACGACCCCGAAACCGGUGAAACGAUCGUCCACGAACUUGGAGGUGUAAUCGCCGAUGGAGCAGGUAUCACGAACCUGGUCUUCAUACGUGCCUUCGAGAGACUGGUACUUGAAACCGUUCAAGCCCUACCCUAUUUCCCCCAUCUCGAUUACAUACGGAUACGGUUCAUCGAUCUCGACAGUCCAUGCACCCUAUUGAAUCCAUACUGGCUGAUGGAAAAGGGGGUCGUGUAUGGAAUAUGGAACGAGGAGAUUGUAGAGCGCUUGGCCGCCUUGAAACCGAACGUUCAAUACGAGGAAUUGGGCGAUGGAAUCGAAUAUGCCGGAUGGCAGAAAGGACAUGCGAGAAAUAUGGGAUCGACCUCAUCUGCCGACACCGGUGGUGACGAUGCUGACGACGCGGUCUCCAGACCACCAACAGGACUCGGGCCUGUAAUUGGGGCGACUUCGCCUGUUAACAACAUGGGCGCCGGUGUUGGGGUUGGAGGAGGUCAAGGGUCUUGCAGUCUCUAUCCAAAGUGGAGACCUCGAAGUAUCAAGACGAGUUCGUACAGGAUCGUGGCCGAUGCGAGGGGGGCUUGAAGGUGAGGUUGAGGUUGAGGUUGAGGUUUCGCGCAUAGAGAUGGCGAGGCGCGGAGUGAUUGUUUGUUUCUUCAGCGAGGACCAUCAUGUCUUGUUUUGUUUUUGCGAGCGGGUCAAAUGAACCACAUCAUGCACUGGAGACAUUUAUAAAGAGCAAUGGGACGGCGCCUGACUGGGCGGUCGGAGUGAAAAUGGAUACGGGAAUGGAUAUGGGAAUGGGCACAGCAAUGGAGUGCAAAUGGAUAUGGACAUGGACAUGGAUGGCUAUUGAAAUGGACACGAGCGAGGGUUAUGAAUUGAUUCACUUACACAUUCAAUCACUUCCUUUCCUCUCUUCUCCAUAGUUUUAAGCGAGCAAUUGAGCGAC